AUGUUUCGAAUGAAUGAAGAUAAUGCACAUUUUCAUGGAUCAACAUUUGAUAAUGAGGAAUCUCAACGAGACAAUUUCACAAGCAAUUCAGAUGAUGGGUUAGGUGUCUUUAUUUUCCCAGACAUUAGAGCUCUUUACCAUAUUAGGCUUCAUAAAUGUUCUGAUUUAGUUUAUGACGAAAUACAACUUACCGGGUUUGAAAUGUAUAUUGUAGAGCAAUGGGUUGCUGAAGGUAAGGUUUCAAGUUUAAUAACAUGCUUUACUGGUAAUAGUAAAGAUGCUAUCUCUGCCGUUCAAGUUCUUUUGCCACUUAAUCCCAAUAAUUGGCCAUCUAUGUUCCGAAAAUAUUAUAUGGAGCUGAUGGAGGUAGCAAAACCGAAAACUAUUCCAGAAGGUACUUUAUUUAUCACAAAUUUGUUUACAGUGGACUCGAAAUUGAACCUUCUCCAUAUUGAAUGUGGUGAUAUCAGAUUGAUCUGGGAUAACUUUAAAGUGAAUUUUGAUUUAAAAAGAUUACAUUGUGGUGGUAGGUCUGCAUUAUUAUUAAAUUUUCCCACUACAGCAGCAGAAGAUAAGUUCUCUCAAAUUUAUAAAAUAUCCAUGGAUCAUAGUAUUAGAGAUUCUUUUUUACCAUUACCGUCAAGUUCUGAAUUAUCCCAGACUAUGAAUGGCAACAAGCAUGGUGGCGCCAUCAUCUCAUCAUAUAAUCCGAUUAUUGAUUUUGUGUCUUUACUUCAAAUUGCUUUAAGUUAUUUCGAUUUAUUUAGCUCAGAUACACCAAAGGAAGGUAUAAUAUAUGAUGAAAUUAAAAGAGCAAUAAAUAUUUGGUGGGAACAGUAUGGUAAAUUAUACAUGGGCAUAGAAAAACCGAAAAAUGAAGCUGCAUUAGGUACUAGAACGGUUGCUGCAAUAUUUAGUUUUGUUUUAAGUUGCCAUUCUAAAUUAGUAAUUGCUGAUUGUACGAAUUCGAAAGAUCCUUUUGAAGAAGAAGAAUUUAUAUCAGCAAUAUUUUCAUUUCAAAAAAGAUAUAACAUUCAAAGAAAUCAGACUAAAGUUUACUUAGAUCAUCAAACACUAGAUAAAUUAUUCGCAGUCUCUCAUAAAACUUACAACUCAGAUAUAUUCAAACUAAAAAAGGCAGUUAAAUCAACAGUACUUGAUAUAGCUGGUAAAAGAAGUAAGUUACUAGCAAAUGAAAUUAUUACCAUUGAUUUCGAUGAAUUUAUCCAAAAUAUCGAUGGUGGCUCCCUGGGCCUAUUAUGGAAAGGAAAGGGGAGGUUAAGGAAAUCUGCCCGAAGUUUGAUUGGCAAUGAAGCUUUUUGCAAAAUAAAAUAUCAUAAAGGUGACAUUAAUAAAGCGGUCCGAGACCAACAUAUCGAUUUAUUACGUGUAGUAAAAGAACAACCGUCAUCUACUGAAUUAAAUGGAAUAUAUUCGAAUAGCCCUUUGCCAGGUGACGGUUACCCAAACACCAAUAAUACAGAUAGUCAAAACUUUGAUUUGAAGCGUUUUGAUUCCAAUUCAUCAUCUAUGUCAUUGUCGUCAAUGAUAUGCAAUUACGAUGAAAAUAAAUACAAGUUAAAUUAUGGUAUUAAUGUUACAUAUCAAAGAGAGUAUUACAGAAGAAAUUCUAUCCCAUUUUUUAAUGACGGUACUCGAAAUCUAUAUACAUCCAACAAAAACAAGGAAUGUUUCUCAUUGCAUAGAUCGGCGUCAUUCUCUAAAGUACAAGAUGUAAUUGAGAAUUGGGAGCUUCCCUUCGAUCCAUCACUUAUCAAGAUGGCUAGAGAUCUUUUAAAGGUAAAAGUUGAUCUAGGUAUAAAGAACAUUGAAAAACAUAAAAAGAAAUCAUUUGCUGAUUUAGUAGAAGAAAAUUCCGGAUUAAUAGAAGAUGAAGAACGAUUUUUUGAGCUAAAAAAGGAACUACAAAACUCGUAUAAUAAUUAUAUUGUUGACGUCAAAAAAAUAGAUAACAUCCAGUCAGGUAUAAAGAAAAAGAAGGAACUUGUCAAUAAUGAAAUGCAUGAAUUAGAGUCUUUAAUUUCCAAGUUAAGAUAUAAUAUGAGAAUUUUGGACAGGCGUAUGAGAGAUGUUGAGCAUAGUGUAAGGCACUUGGAUACGAAGCUACGAUCCGUAGAAAAAUCGUUUAUGGUAAGAGAUACUUCUAACGAAUCCAAAGUAGGCUCACUAUUGACCAGGGCACCAUUUGAGGAUCAUUUAAAAACAUUUAUUGAUACUGAAGAUUGUAAUUACAAUUCAGUAAGUGCAAAAUUAAUUAACAAGUAUUAUUUAUACUUUAAAGAGAUUGUUUUAUCAUAUUUCUCUUCCUUUCAAAAUAAUGCAUCAGUCAAUAAUCAGUCUGAGACAGAAAAAACUUUACAUGGGUGUUGA